ACAGGGACCUAUGCGACUUUGAAAAAGCGAGAAAGAAUAGGAAGAACGGUGACGGAAGAACAGCAUAUGGUGACAUUUACGUGUGGUAAAUGAAAAGAAAAAUAUCUGCGAGACAAAUGUAUCGCGAAUGAAAGAGCCUCAUCGGCGGCGUUUUAUGUGCGCAAUCGAAAGUAUAAAGAUAAUGUCAUUUUAAUGUCGUUCGAAGACCUACAAGAUGGUCCAUGAUUAGAUUACGUGGACAAGCGCGAGUUUGCAAAAGCAGUCUUGUUUAUUGUGUAAAGAUUGUCAUCAUUGAGUCAAAAGUAUGUCUGCAAACAUGUUGACAGAACAGAAUGUAAUUAUGGAAUUCACUGACUCUAGCAAUACAGUACCGAUUGGUUUUAUGACUGCGGAUGAUGGUCACACGCUUUUUGCAGUGGGUGAGCAUGAGGAUGGCACAUUGGAAAUCAUGGCAACCCCUAUUACAUUAAUGCCACAAAAUAACAUAGUAUCUUCAGCAUUGAUAAAGACUGUGGAUGGAAACUUUAUUUUGCAUCCUACUAUUUUUCAAUUAAAUUUCGAAAGUUCAUCAGGAAAUGCUGUGAUGCAACAAGCAAAUCUACUUCCAAUACAACAGAAUAGAUCUGCGGUUACAGAACAAUUAAAAAUAAUACAGAAUAUAAAUGAGUGUGCAAUUACAGAACCCUUGUUGUCUGUUAGAGAAGAUAGCAAUAUAUUAAAUAAAGAAGAAAAUUGUAGAAGACAGACAAAAGAACAGGCAACAAUUGACAAUCAUGUUAAAAAAAGCAUGUCUGUAUCUACAUCUGUACAUAAAAAGUCUCCAGGCAGACCAAAAAAGACUGAGAAUACACAAUCUUUGAAGUGUGAUAUAUGUGGGCAAGAAUUUACUAAGCAUGCAUUAUACCGCAAACAUAUGGAAAAUCAUGCCGAAGAAAAACCACAUAGAUGUCCAAAAUGCCCAGCAUCUUUUAAUAUUCCAAUAAAUUUCACGCUUCAUAUGGCAACGCAUAAUAUCGGUGACCCGAAAUGUCCUGAAUGUGGUAGGAAAUACGCCAGAAUGGCGAGUCUCAAAUCUCAUAUGUUGCUACACGAGAAGGAGGAGAACCUCUUCUGUACAGAAUGCGAAGACGCUUUUUCAACAAAGGCUCAACUGGACGCGCAUUUGAAGCUUCACGGAGAAAAGUGGUCGAAUGAGGAUGUUGGCGUACGAAAGUGUAAAUUAUGUAACAAGCAAUUCACACAACCUGCGCUCUACCGAAUGCACAUACGCGAACAUUAUAGACUACAAACGAAAAUAGUAAAGCAAACUAAGAAGGGAACGAAACAUAAAACAAUGUACAAAUGCACCAUAUGCUUGAAGAAUUUCCAAAAGCCGAGCCAGCUAAUGCGGCAUAUCAGGGUACACACCGGAGAGAAACCCUUUAAAUGUACCGUUUGCAACAGGGCAUUCACGCAAAAGAGUUCGCUACAAAUCCACGCGUGGCAACACAAUGGUAUCCGACCGCAUACCUGCAGCCUCUGCAACGCCAAGUUUAGUCAGAAAGGAAAUCUAAAAGCACAUAUCCUCAGAGUGCAUAAUGCACCGGAAGGUGAGCCGACGUACGCCUGUUCUUAUUGCUCCUGCAUCUUCAAGAAGCUGGGCAGCUUAAACGGUCACAUAAAGCGAGUGCAUUCUAAUCCGGAGGAGGAAUCCACCGAGAAGUCCUCGGCAGCUAAUUCCAGUAUCUCCUCGGAAGCUGACAUGCGCGCAACAGUCGAUAGCGUUAUAUCGCAGUUGGCGUCUUUGGAAGCUGUUGUAAAUAAUACUGCAGAUUCUACGGGGACUGUAACGUUGAAUGCGGAGCAGAACGAUAUAUUGCAACAGGCGUUGAAAAAUAGCGGUUUGCCGAACAAAAACGAAGUUUCUUUGAAAGAAAUCGCAGAGUCGAAAAAAGAUUCUUCGCCAACAACGUAUGUUACAUUGUUGGAUAAGACUGCUGGUAGUUCUUCAAGCAAGUAUCACGCCAUAAAGCAACGCUGCGUAGGAAACGUACGGUGGUACGUGUGCUCCUUUUGCCCGAAAGAGUUUAAAAAGCCGUCGGACUUGAUACGUCACUUGCGUGUGCACACUCAGGAAAAGCCCUUUAAGUGUAUGUAUUGCGUGCGUUCUUUCGCGCUAAAGUCGACAAUGAUAGCGCACGAGCGGACUCAUACCGGAGUGAAAAAGUAUGCUUGCGCCUCCUGCAAUAAAACUUUCGCGUGCCAUAGUAGCCUUACCUCUCAUACAAGAUUACACAUGAAACCACACAAAUGCAAUGUAUGCAGCAAGUUAUUCAACUCUAGUAUCACUAAAAAUCAUAUGAAGUGUCACGCGCGGGAGAAGCCCAAGAUAUCGCCAGAAGCGGAGAGUUUGGUGCCACAAGUGAUACUGCAGGAGCCACUUGUUAUCAGCGAUGCCGGCAACAAGAUCAGCGUUGCCCAAGUGCAAUCGAAACAAAAACAGUUGUACGAAAAUACCGAAAAAACCAGACCACACGUAUGUUGGGUCUGUCACGCGGCAUUCAGGAAAGUCAGCCAUCUGAAGCAACAUUAUCGUAGACAUACGGGCGAACGUCCUUACAAGUGCUCCAAAUGCGAUAGGAGGUUUACAUCGAACAGCGUCCUGAAAUCUCACCUACACACACACGAUGACGCGAGGCCCUAUAGUUGUCCGGUAUGCAACACAAAGUUCUCUACGCAAAGCAGCAUGAAGAGGCAUUUGGUUACACAUAGCAAUAAAAGGCCAUUUAUGUGUCCAUAUUGUCACAAAACGUUUAAGACGUACGUCAAUUGUCGGAAGCACAUAAAAAGACACAAACAUGAACUAGUGCAACGGCAAUUGGAGGAACAAAAGACGCAAGAGCAGAAGGAACAACAGCCUUUAAGAGAGGACAAAGAAGCUGGCUCGGCACCUUUACCAGCAAACAUCACUCUUGCUGAAGAUAUGGAAGUGUCGUUCCAACCGCAAAUGGCACCAGAUUUCACGCAGGCCUUUUCCGAUCAGUUUCAAAAUAUUAGCGCAGAGAAAGAAAAGUCCUUAUUGACGAACAGUGCAACAUCAGUAGCAAACCGUAAUUUAGGAACUUCGCAAACUUUACAUGCUGAUGAAACUGGCACCAUCACGUUAUCUCAUUAUUCUGGAGAUCAAACCCUCACAGCGGAAAGCAUACGAGAGAUCGAGGAGACGUUGAAUCAACAGCUUUUUAAUAUUGGCAUGAAUCUCGGACUGACGAAUAAUUUACCAAAGCAGAUGGACGAGACGAAUACGAAUUCCCUCGACAAUUCCAGGGAACAGCCGGUGCUCAAUAUAAUUUACGAACAUAACAAAAAUCUGGAUUCGUCCGGAAAUACCAUAUUCACGCCGCAAUUCGAUUCAUUUGAUAUGAGCCAGAUUACGUUACAGACGGAUAGCGAGAUGGACAUUGGUUUGAAUUCGAGCAACACGACGAACAUGUCCAGUAUUUUGCCCAGAUCCGUGGAAGGAGACAACAGACAGCAAGAAGAACAACAAACGGUUCCAGUUACUACAAUCGAUAAUAUAGACACUUCUGCAAUUGCGAAGAACACUCAUUUAACAGUAAUAAAUCCUAAGGACAAUUGUUCGGAAUUGGUGAGAUUUUCGCAAGUGUGUCCAUCGAAGUAUUCGAAGGUUAUCGCGAAAGCGGACACCGCAAACGGAUUGAUCGAGAUGCAAGGUGCAACUGAACAUGAAAAAUCGCUACAGAAGAGUAACAUUAUAUCAUGCGACAGCGAGGGAAAUUCUUUAUUCAUGAAGAACUUUCAAAGUACAAUACAACCGGAGACGUUCGUUUCUUCUAAAACGAAUAACUCGGUCAAAAUAUCGAUGUACAGUAAUCUGUUGGAGUGUCACAUAUGUCAUCGUAAUGGUUUCACAGCAGAAAGAUUAAAGGAACAUUUGAAAUCUCAUGGUGGUGCCAAAAUGUACGAGUGUCCGGAAUGUUCUCAGCGAUUCUUCACGAAUGGCGGUCUCAACAGGCACAUGAAGAGACUGCACACGGAGCUAUUAAAAUGUGCGACUUGUGAGCAAAAGAUGCUAGACAAUAAAUUGCAAUUGAAAUAUCAUCACAAAAUGCAUAGCGGAGAUUGGAAAGUUGUGCAGGUGGAAUCGAACGAGAAGGAAGUGAUCUCCAGUUCCUGUCUUCCAUCGAUAACGACGUCAGAUGUCCCAGUGAAUUCGGACUCAUCGGUAUCUGAGAAGGUACUGAUGGAUACAGUUGCCGAGAGGAAAAGCAUGGACCGCGUGAACGGAAACUUGGAGAGGAAAGAGACGAAAGAAUACACGAACAAAUGUAAGUACUGUCCAAAAACUUUCCGAAAGCCGAGCGACCUGAUUAGGCACAUUCGUACGCAUACGGGCGAACGACCAUACAAAUGCGAUUACUGCAAUAAGAGCUUUGCAGUUAAGUGCACUUUGGAUUCGCAUAUGAAGGUUCACACGGGCAAGAAAACGUUCUGUUGUCAUGUCUGUAACAGUAUGUUUGCCACGAAGGGCAGUUUGAAGGUCCACAUGCGACUGCACACUGGUUCAAAGCCAUACAAAUGUCCCAUGUGCGACCUGCGAUUUCGCACUUCGGGUCAUAAGAAGGUGCACAUGCAGAAGCAUGCGAGGGAACAUAAACGCAAACCUAAGCACCAAAAGGUCGCAGCAGUGGCGGAAGCGACAGCCAGCCUCGAAGAAAUUGACAACAGUUCUCUGGAUCACACAUCGACGACGACGACGAUGACGACAACAACAACGAUGACUGGCAGUGAGAUCACACCAUCGCAGAAUCUCGAUUAUUCCUCGUUGGAGAACCCCGAAAUGAACCUUAGCGAUGCGAUUCAUCUAUCGAGUCAAAUCGCGUUCAAUCAUACUGACGCGACGACGACGACGAUUCUCAACAACAACUCCAUGCUGUCUUUAAAUGACAGCAACGAACUGGUGGCGAAUCUGCAAUUCCUGCUAGCAAACGGUCUUGUCACUAUCCAAACAGACGAUACCCUGUUGACGACGCAGCCGGCAACAAAUAACACCGAAGUGUCGACCAACGUGAUCGAGUUGGUCGGUACGAAUUCUUUCCAGGAAGCCUGCAAUCUGGGUAACGCUAAUCAUCAGAUAGUGAUAACUAGCCAGGUGCCAAGUGAGACGACGACCGCGAAUGCGAACGACGCGGCGAUUAUUCAGAUGAACGAUUGCUUGCCACCUGUUUCUAUAGUACAGAUGCAGAAUCAUGGUACGAAUCUCGGUGACGACGCAUCCAGAGCAAAAACAAGCAGUCAGUCAACAACGAUAGCAUGUGAUAGUCAAGCGGUGACAACGGGGACAGCUAAAACCUUGACACAGUCGUCGCGGAAAGAGUGCGACGUAUGCGGUAAGACGUUCACGAAGCCAUAUCAGAUGGAGCGUCACAAGCGCAUCCACACGGGCGAACGACCGUACAAGUGCGAGCAAUGCGACAAAUCGUUCGCACAGAAGUUCACGUUGCAGCUGCACCAGAAGCAUCAUACCGGCGACCGACCGUAUCCCUGUCCGCACUGCAAGCAAUCGUUCACGCAGAAGUGCAAUUUGCAGACGCACCUGAAGCGCGUCCAUCAGCUGGUCAUGCUCGACGUCAAGAAAUUGAAGAGCGGCCAACAGAUGUUGGGCGCGUUACUGCAGGAAAAUCAAGGAACGGACACCAAGCUGGUGAAUCUGGACGAUAUCUUGGUGGUAGAUUUUCUCAAAUGAACAUUUGAAGCUCUUUUCGAGAGGUGCUUCUUUUUAGAAGAUAAAAUCUUGCGAUAAAACGUAAAUAGUUAUAUGUAUAAUAUAACGUACUGAAAAAUGUGCCGUAAACGAGUCAUCAACGAUUAAAUAACUACGCUUCAAAAUAUCAAGUAAACGCGAAGAGAGAGAUUUCGAAUAUUAGACAAAUAAUUAAAGCUGUGAUGAAUGAGAUAUAUAUAUCACUAAUGCUAUAAUAAAAUAGGUAUAUAUUCAAGAUGUAAUAAUACUCUUUAAGUAGUUUACAUUGUAUUGUUACAUUGUUUUGUAAUGCUAAUCCACAUCAUGGGAUCGUUGCGUAUGUGUUCUUUUCAACUUUGAUAUGCAACAAUCGACAUUUAUUUUCUUUUAUUUAAAAUAAAACGUAUUGUUACAUGAAUUAUUGUCCUCAAACUUAAAUAAAUGUAUAUAGAA